UGGAAAACACAAACGCACUGCGCAUGCGCACGGUACAUCCUUCAUCGUCCGUGAUUCGGACGAUCACUAGUUUACACCUGAGACGUAUUUACGUGUUUCAACGCUCCUAUUUGUUCUUUCUUCCCACGAAGCGCCUUGGAAACAUUGUCUAUGCUUCUGAGUCGGCGGCAGGAAGUCUGUGACAAUUUGAAGCUGACGCUACAGGAAGUGGAGCUCAGCAUGGGUAUGUCCACAUAUUUUGAACAUGCGACAACUGUUAAGAACAUCCUCUCCCUGAGCAACAGAAGUGGAGCUUCAAGAUGGUGAAGGAGGAGCCACAGGCCCCCCACAUUAAGGAGGAAGAAGAUGCGCAACGUACCCUGCAUGUUAAGAAGGAAGAGGAGUACCCACUGACACCCCGUUUCAAAGAGGAGGAGGAGUACCCACUGACCCCCCAUUUUAAAGCGGAAGAGGGGUACCCAAUGACCCACCAUUUUAAAGAGGAAGAUGAGUACCCAAAGCCCCCCAAUAUUAAAGUAGAAGAGGAGGAACACAGCAUCAGUCAGGAGGGAGAGCAUAUUGAAGGACUGGAGGAGUUCCCAAAGAUUGGUGUGAUUGUGAAGAGUGAAGAUGAUGAGGUCAAAGGUGAAAGUGAGGAGAAGAGAGAGGCGGAGCCUCCAAGCAGCAGCUCAGCUCAACACAUGACAACAGAAGCUGAUGGAGACCACUGUGGAGGAUCACAAGCAGACAAGAUCUUAGCUCCACUAUCAGAUAGUGACGACACGACGUCUCACUCUCCUGACACUGAUGAUGAAGUCUUUGAAGAUGAUAAGACACGUCACACUGACAACACCCGCUUUAUAUGUUCUCACUGUGACAAAAAUUUUAAAUACCGUGGUAAUCUGGAAGUACACAUGAGAAUACACACUGGAGAAAAGCCUUUUUCCUGUUCAAUCUGCAGUAAAUAUUUUACUCAAAAGCCACAUUUGAAAGUACACAUGAGAAUACACACUGGAGAAAAACCUUUUACAUGUUCAGAAUGUGGUAAAAGUUUUGUGCAAAAUGGCGAUCUUAAAGUACACAAGAGAAUACACACGAGGGAAAAGCCUUUUUCCUGCUCAGAAUGCGGUAAAGAUUUUGUACUAAGGCACAAUUUGAACGUACACAUGAGAACACACACUGGAGAAAAACCAUUCGCGUGCUCAAUUUGUAGUAAAGGAUUCAGCCACAAGGCACAUUUGACAAGACACACAAGAAUACACACUGGUGAAAAGCCUUUUGUCUGUUCAGUAUGUGGUAAAGGGUUCACACAUAGCCACAGUUUGAAAAGACACUUAACAACACACACCGGAUGAAGACCUUUUCAUACCGGCGUAGCUCGGUUGGUAGCGUGACCGUGUCAGCAACUUGAGGGUUGAAGGUUCGAUUCCCGCUUCCGCCAUCCUAGUCACUGCCGUUGUGUCCUUGGGCAAGACACUUUACCCACCUGCUCCCAGUGCCACCCACACUGGUUUAAAUAUAACUUAGAUAUUGGGUUUCACUAUGUAAAGCGCUUUGAGUCACUAGAGAAAAGCGCUAUAUAAAUUCACUUCAAUUCACUUCACUUUUCCAUGUUCAGUCUGUUGUAAAGGUUUCAUUCACAGUGGUGAGUUGAAAGUGUACAUGAGAACACACACAGGAGAGAAAGUGUUGAGUUGCAGUGUGUGUUGUGAAAGAUUCUUCUAAGUGCCAGUGUAAGAAACACAAGUGUGCUGGUGAGAACAGCCGCAGGAUUUGAAAUAAACUGUUAAAAUGUU